GGGGCUAUCAGCUGAAGAUCAGAGCUGAGAAGGUGCCCUGCCCCUUGAGCCCCUCCACCACCACAGCAGAAGAGCUGGCUGGCAGCUCCCAAUCAGGCAGAGUCUAGAACAACAGGUCACUGAAGAAUAUCACCUCCUCGAAAACAUCAAUAUAAACCGCAAACAACUCCCAUAAUAAUCGCAUAUCUCACAACAGCCAAGAUGUUUGCGCUUUACCUUACUGCUGAGCUUGCUGGAGUCACCAACCUCCGUCCUGACGACAGCGAGGGUAACCCGUUCUGGUACACCUUCAAGGUUCAGUGCACCUCCUGCAGGGAGGUCCAUGACAAGCCCGUUGGCGUGAGCCGCUUCGAAAACAACGAGAUGAGCGGCAGCCGUGGUGAGGCCAACUUUGUGUGGAAGUGCAAAAACUGCAAGAGAGAGUCGUCGGCUUCCAUCAAGGCUGCCCCCGCCGCUUAUGAGCAGACGGAACCUGCCAAGAAGCAAAAGCUUCUCGAGUUUGACUGCAGAGGUUUGGAGUUUGUCGAGUUCCAGCCUGAGGGCUCUUGGCUUGCCGAAGGCAUUGACUCCAACACCAAGUUCACUGACAUUGACCUGACCGAGGGAGAAUGGUUCGAUUACGACGAGAAGGCCAACGACGAAGUUAGCAUCAAAGAGCUCAAGUGGGAGAUCAACCGGGCUUAAAUCUCUCCUUUGUAAUGAACUGUUGAUGCGAUGUUGUUGAUAAAACGGGAGUGAAGGCGGCAGGUGUCAGGGGAAAAAAGUAAAGUGACAUUGAAGGGGGCUGCUUGUGUUUUGAUAUUCCCCUUGGCUUGAGUCCCUUGAUGGGUAGAUGUCGGUCUUCACCAAAGGCGAACGUUCAACCAACCGGUUGGCCCGUGCUCCAACCUUGGUUUCACGCCGUAAAAAUCCAAUUGAACAAUUUGACU